AUGCGGCGGGGCCGGGAUGCGGCGGGGCCGGCUGCGGGCACCAUGCGCUCCGGGGCGCUGGCGCUGCUCUGCGCCCUGGCCCUGGCCCUGUCCCUGUGCCCGGCGGCGCUGGCCGCCCCCGAGCCGGGCUCCGGGCUGGACACAGAUGAGGUGAACCUGCUGGACAAAAUCACUCUCCAUGCCCAGGACCUCAGCAACGUUUCCUUUGGCUACGACCACAGCAAGUGCAGGACCCUGGAGAUCGGGCAGUAUGCAACCCUCAACAUCCCCACCAGGGCAGCCUUUGGGGACAGGUUUGCAGAGGAGCUGAGCGUGCUGCUGAAGCUCAGGUACUCUCUGAAGGAGGACACCAGCCUGGUGACCAUCCUCAGCCACCGCAGCCACGUGCUCUUCCAGAUCAGGGUCAGCCCCCACGCCCUGGUCUUUGUCACCACCAGAAGGAGACACUACGAGUUCCCAGUGUCCUUCCUGGGCGAUGGGCACUGGCACCAGGUGGCUCUCAGCAUCUCCCUGGAGAGGCUGGAACUGCACGUGGACUGUCGGCUGCUGGACAGAGUGAGCUGGUCCAACUAUUUUGGGAUGGGAGUGAACACCGAGGGGCUGAUCAUCAUUGGGGGCCUCAUCGAGCCCUUUGAGAUCCCCUUUAAGGGCGCUCUGCAACAGCUGACCUUCGUGAUGGGAGACCCUGCAGCAGCUGCUGAGCAGUGCCACAGCUACAACUCAACCUGCCCUGGCUCCUUCAGCAUCACCAGGGCCCCCUGGGAGCUCCCAACAGCCUGGCCACAGGACUCCAGACUCUCCAGUUCAGAUCUGGCCCCGGGGCCACCUUGGCCAUGGGAGGACACCCAGGGGACCCUCAGCCUCCAGCCUGAUGGGAGAGCCCUGGCUUCCCUCUCUGCUCAGGAGAUGCCAUCAGCUGAGGAGGAGGAGGAGGAGGAGGGCAGCCUUUCCAUUGAGGAUGAAGGAUUUGAGCUGCUGAACUCCACCUACAAUAAAAUCACCGGCCCUGGCAGGCCAGCUCUUAGGAGAAGCUCAGGAGCCCCCAUCCCAGCGCCCCGAGCAGCCGAGAAGCAGCGCGGCUCCGAGCCCCGGGGGCAGAGCAUCACCGCGGGGAAGCUGCGGGGGGACCCCGGCACACCCCGCCUGGAGCCCUUCCCCGGGCUGUCCCCACCAGCUCGUCGGGGGGCUGCUCCCAAAGGGAAUGUCCCCAGAGGUCCCCUGAGGGCAGGGGGUGUGCCAGAGCCUCCUGCUGGGGCAGGACAGCCCGGGCCGGGGGUGGCACCGGGACACCGGGGCUGUGUGAAGCCGGGACCGCCGGGGCUGCCCGGCCCGCCGGGGCUGCCGGGAUACCCUGGGGCCAUGGGGAGGAUGGGGCCCCCAGGUGACCCUGGCCCUGCUGGCAUCCCCGGUGUCCCCACCAUUGUCCUCUGGAGGAACUCCAGGGAGGACUGGCAGUCCUUCACGCAAUCACCAUUUUACCAACUGCUGCAGGCGGGCUGGCCGAGAAAACCUGGAGCUCCUGGGCCCCCAGGACAUCCUGGGAAAACAGGAGCACCUGGACCCUGCGGAGCGCCGGGAGAGCCGGGGCAGAAAGGCCAGCGGGGGUACACGGGGGAGCCAGGGCUCCAGGGCUUGCCAGGACGUGUGGGAUACCCUGGCUCCAAUGGUUUCCCUGGCUUGGAUGGCAAACCUGGGCCGUGGGGGCUGCCAGGGGAGCAGGGCCUCCAGGGCUUCCAGGGUGACCGAGGGCUGGCUGGGGACAAGGGAGAGGAGGGUUUCUUGGGAGCCCCUGGACCAGCUGGGGACAAAGGAGAGAAGGGAGUGAAGGGCCUGAAGGGAGAGAAUGGGCUGCCGGGUCCUGCUGGGCUCCAGGGGCUGGCAGGGCUGAAGGGGGUCGUGGGCUUCCAGGGCCCUGCAGGGCCAGAGGGAGAAGAUGGCUCAGUGGGUCCCCCAGGUCCUGCUGGUCCCAUGGGACAGCCCGGCCAGCCGGGGCCCGUGGGAUGCCGAGGCACCAAUGGCUCUCAGGGGGAAAUGGGUCCUGCUGGGAUGCCCGGCCCCCGCGGCCCCAGGGGACCCCAGGGCUUGCAGGGCAGGCGUGGCCCCCCCGGCCCCAGGGGCUCUCAGGGUCCAGCAGGGCUGGAGGGAUGCCCUGGUCCCAAAGGAGACACAGGUACAGAUGGUGCCCCUGGGGUGAGGGGGCAGCUGGGACAGGAGGGCCCUGGGGGGUUUCUUGGCCUGCCAGGGGCAAAAGGCCCCCAGGGAGAGCAGGGCUGCCGAGGGCCAGGUGGAGCCAAGGGAGAUUUGGGAUCCAAAGGAGGCAAGGGCCCACGAGGAGCACAGGGAGCAAAAGGCCCCCCAGGAACCCGGGGCCAGGGGGGCUUGCAGGGCUUCCCUGGCCCCCGAGGGGCAGCAGGGCCACGGGGAGCAGAGGGGGAAGAAGGUCAGAUUGGCCCUGCAGGGCUGAACAGCAGCGAGGGACCCAAGGGAUGCCAAGGACCUGAUGGCCCCAAGGGAGCCCCAGGACCACGGGGAGCCCGGGGCCGUGUGGGGCAGCGUGGGCUGGUUGGACUCCCUGGACUGCCUGGCUCGCGGGGCGUGCCGGGAGCGGAGGGCGCAGAAGGAAAGCCUGGUACACAGGGCCACCCUGGGAUCAUGGGCAGCCCAGGCAGGAGGGGGCCAUCGGGAUUUGCUGGUUUGCCAGGGGGCCGUGGGCACGCUGGAACUCCUGGAUCCAUAGGCUCUCCAGGAAAGCCUGGACCUGAUGGAGACCCAGGUUCCUUGGGCCCAAAGGGGCUGCCUGGGAAGCCUGGCUUGGAGGGGCCACAGGGACCUGUGGGCACCUAUGGCUACCCAGGACCUGCUGGAGACCGCGGGAGGUUGGGACGCAGGGGAGACAAGGGAGAAAGGGGAGCUCAAGGUCCACCAGGAUUUCCAGGAAAAGCUGGUCCAAAGGCCCUGCCAGGUCCUCCUGGUCCUCGUGGUGCUCCUGGCUCCCAGGGCAGGACAGGUGACCCUGGUCCUCGAGGGCUCCCAGGGCUGCCUGGUGUUCCUGGCACAAGAGGGCAGGAUGGCAUUCCUGGGAAGCCUGGCUUGGGCGGAGAAAGAGGCGCUCCUGGAGCAGCUGGGGCUGCUGGCCCGGCUGGGUACCCGGGCCGGGAAGGUGCAAAUGGACGUGAAGGACCUGCAGGGAUGAGAGGAGAGAAGGGUGAGGUGGGAGAUCCCGGGGCAGCCGGAGUCCGCGGGCUGGACGGGGAGCAGGGACCACCAGGACCACCGGGAGCAGAGGGUCAGCUGGGGCCCAAGGGUGAGCAGGGAGAGACAGGAACUCGUGGAGCUCCAGGCAUCAGAGGGAACCCUGGGGAGCCAGGGGACGAGGGGACAGAGGGGCCACCAGGACGGCCUGGGAAGCAAGGCAAGGAGGGUGACACUGGUGACACUGGAGAGCCGGGCGAGUCGGGACUGCGGGGACAGAAGGGCAAUGCUGGCCCCAGGGGCCUUCCUGGAGUUCCUGGUCAAGGAGCUGCCAUGGGGGAAGCUGGAGGGAAAGGCCAGAAGGGAGAGAAGGGCCGAGAAGGUUUGCUGGGCCAGGGCGGUGUCACCGGAGCUGCAGGACCUGCCGGAGCCAGGGGAUGGUUUGGGGGGACAGGACUCCGGGGUCCUCCUGGGCUCGACGGUCCCGAGGGAGAGAAGGGAGAUCCAGGGCCACGAGGCUUGGAUGGACCUGCUGGGGCUGCAGGAUUCGAGGGACUGGCUGGGGAUGAUGGAGCAAAGGGAGAUGGUGGCAAGCCCGGCCCAGUGGGCUCUCAGGGGGCUCAGGGGCUGGCAGGUGCCCCCGGGCUCCGGGGCUAUGCUGGCCACGAGGGAGCCAGAGGAGUGACGGGCAGCAAGGGCCAGCCCGGCCGGCAGGGGACUCUCGGGCCCCCGGGUGAAGCUGGAGUCACCGGGCUGAGCGGCGCCGAGGGCCUGGUGGGUGCAAAAGGGGAGCCAGGCAAGCCAGGAAAGCCGGGACAGAUGGGGUCUCCUGGGCAAGCUGGUCCUAGAGGAUGGAAAGGCUGCAAGGGAGAUAAGGGUGACCCAGGGCAGGAGGGGGAGCAGGGGGUGCCAGGAGAAGCUGGCAGACGGGGCAAGCGAGGCAAGAUGGGCCAGCAGCCCCCACGGGGUCCCUGGGGACACAAGGGCUACCCAGGUGACAAAGGACAUCCAGGUCCCCAGGGACCCCAGGGACCCUAUGGCAUCCCAGGGCUGAAGGGCAUCAGAGGAGACCCUGGACCAAAGGGACACAAGGGCGAGAAGGGCAGCAAGGGUGACCUGGGCCAGCAAGGGGAUGAUGGCUUCAAGGGCAAGCCAGGACCCCAUGGUGUUCCUGGGAGGCCAGGAGCCAAGGGAAAGCAGGGUGACACAGGCCGUCCUGGCCCACGGGGACACCCUGGAAUUCCGGGGGCACCGGGCUUGUCUGGACCCAAAGGGCUCAGAGGCUUCCCAGGCCUGCCAGGCCCCAGGGGCACCCCGGGAAUGCCGGGUCUGGCUGGCCCCCCUGGUCCCAGCGGGCCAGCACUGGUGCUGUCCCAGGAGGAGCUGCAGCACCUCAUUUAUUCCUCCAAGCACCUGAACUACACCGUGAUCUGGGCUCUGCUGGACACCCUGAGCCGGGAGCUCCAAGCCCUGGUGGAGCAUCCCAAUGGCACCAGAACCAACCCAGCCACCACCUGCAAGGAGCUGCUGCUGGCUCACCCCAGCCUGCCCGAUGGGCAAUACUACAUCGACCCCAACCAGGGCAGCCCCCAGGACGCCCUGCUGGCCUUCUGCAACUUCACAGCUGGGGGGGAGACCUGCAUAGCCCCUGUCCACAGCCAGGUCCCCAUCAAGGCUUGGCUGAGCACCUACAGCUCUGAGAACACCUUUGAGUGGUUCAGCACCCUGCCCGGGGGCUUCCUGCUGGAGUACGGUGCCAGCGCGGUGCAGCUGCGCUUCCUGCGCCUGCACAGCCGCCGCGCCGCGCAGAGGGUCCGCCACUCGUGCGGAGCGGCCCCCGAGCGCCGGCCCCGGCCCCGCACCGACAUCCUCUUCCUGGCCGACUCCCGGGAUCACAGCUAUGCUGCCAGCCUGCCGGGCUGCCAGCUGGACAACGAGUCCUCCAUCCCCGACACCAUCUUCCAGUUCAGCACGGAGCAGCUGUGGCUGCUGCCCCUGCGGGACCUGGCUGUCUCCCACAGCGGCGGCGCCUCCCACCACUUCGGUUUCACAGUCGGACCAGUUUGCUUCAGCUGAAAGUGCUGCCACCCAAACCGAGCCAGCCGGUUCUGUCCCCACCCAGGAGCCAUCCCAAUGGGGAUGCUGGGCUCUCCCCUGCUCCACAGAGCUGCUGGUUCUCUCCCAGCUCCGUGUUUGGAGCUGUGUUAUGUCCCGGACUCCACUUCCUUCUGGAGCAGAGGAAUAUUGUUUA